UGGCUGCUCCUUUGUCGAGACUUCAGUCCCCGAAGGUGCCCUUCGAGUUCGACGACGCAGCCCGUGACGCGUUCACUACGUUGAAGGCAGCAAUGCAAGCCGCACCAACCCUCCGUAUAUAUGACCCCACCCUUCCCACCCAAGUGACUAUGGACGCUUUGGGAUACGGUAUUGGUGCGGUGUUGGAACAGUGUCACGAGGACGGUUGGCACCCGGUCGAGUACUUCUCCCAAAAGGUGCCUCUCAUAAACACUCUCGAUGACGCUAGGAAGAAAGAGCUACUCGCGUUCGUCACCAUUCUCAAACGGUGGCGCCACUUUCUUAUCGGCCGUCGGCGUUUUAAAUGGAACACGGACAACAAUCCGUUGACCUUUUACAAAACGCAGGAUACGGUCACUAGCACGAUUGGUCGAUGGAUGUAUUACAUCGACCAGUUCGACUUUGACCCGUGCCACAUUCCCGGUCCGGCCAAUCGAGCUGCGGACGCCCUCUCACGACGGCCCGACUUUUCUGCCAUUGUGACCACGACAUUCGACCUCGAUGACGAUCUGCAACCGCAUUUCGUCAAAGGCUACAAGUCCGAUCCGACUUACUCUACGCUUUACGCAGAGCUUUCAUCGGAUCACCCGCUGGCUAGCCACUAUCGGAUUUCCGACGGGUUCAUUCUCCUUCACACGAGAGGAAAGGACUUGUUAGUUGUGUCCCAAGAUCGCAUCUUACGGACUCGUCUUCUGGGCGAAUUCCACGACGCACGACUUUCGGCACACCUUGGCGUGAACCGCACAUUAGCACGCCUCCGCCAGCGUUUUCACUGGCCCGACGUCCUUCAUGACGUCAYGAGGUACAUUGAGUCAUGUGCAGUUUGCCACCGUAACAAGGGUCGAUCUCAAGUCCCCUUCGGCGAACUGAAACCGUUGCCGAUUCCUCGGGCACCACUCCUCUCCACUGCUAUGGACGUGACAAGCCCGUUUCCCCGCGAUCGCGACGGCCAUGACGGUAUUCUCACGGUCGUUGACCGUUUGAGCAAGUAUGCUCGCUUCCUUCCUUGCAAGUAUCAUGUUGCGGGGCCUAAGCUCGCACGACUCUUGCACACCGGUUGGAUUACCAACCAGGGUGUUCCGGAAGACAUAGUGAGCGACCGAGAUACUUGCUUCAUGUCGGCCUUUUGGACUUCUCUCAUGACUGAGUCCGGCACGACAAUGAAGCCGAGCUCGGCUUGGCACCCGCAGACGGAUGGCCAGACGGAGCGAGCGCACCAGACCGCUCAGAUGAUGUUGCGUACGCUCAUCCGUCCCGACCAGAAAGAUUGGGUUGACCGGCUUCCCGACAUCGAGUUCGCCUAUAACACUUCGGUGCACCCGGCGAUCUGCGUCACACCAUUCGAGUUACAUCAUGGUGGAGAGAAAGCACGGAUCUUCGCUGAUCUCCUUUUGCCACAGGCUGCCGACAUAGACGUCCCUUGCUCUCCCGCUUCCGUUCGGAAGUACCGGGACUUGCUGAUCAAAGCAAAAUAUGCAAAAGGCUCAGAUCCGCAUGCAGCAGCAGGCUAACCAACGUCGACUUCCAUGUCCUUUCCGCGAGGGAGACCUUGUUUGGGUCCUCUCCGAG